CGCGCCUCGUCGUGGCGCUUGAUUCUCUGCGAAGUUCUCGUCGAGCGUGCGCAUAUCCACCUGCACUAAAAACGCACAAAGCGCUUUUGCUCAGGUUUACUGUAAAUGACACCCCCAGUCUUACUACAAUUACCUAUUUAAUGGACUAAACUGUCAGGAGGACCAGAAACCAUAAUAUGAAGAAACGGUAUAUGGACAUAGGCAGGCUACGGAAAAUGAAAAAGAUCAAACUCGCAGAGAAGAUUUCCGAAAGCGCUUACUCCGUUCUGAAGUUCAUGAUUGUCUGGAUCCUGGUGUUAUUAGCUGACUUUAUUCUGGAGUUCAGACUGGAAUACCUGUGGCCUUGUUGGCUCUUUCUAGGGACCGUCUACACCACAUUUCACUGUCAUGGACUGGCUAUCUGUGUGGGUUUUGUAUGUGCAGCAUUUACCCUGGACUUAUUUUGUUUAGUUUUUGUACCCUUACACUGGCUAUUUUUUGCAGCCAGCACAUAUGUUCUACUCAACUAUAUGUGGCAUACAGAAAAGGGAAUUUAUAUGUCAACUGUUACAUUAUGGAUACUCUUAGUGUAUAUGGAGGCCUCUCUACGGCUGAGGGACCUGAAAAGCCCUCAUGCAAACCUGUCCCAUCUAUUUGCUGCACAUUGCAUUGGUUAUCCACUAGUGUAUAUGGGAUUUGAUGCAACCUGCUACUUCUCAAGUAUUUUUAAGCUGCACACUCAGAAAUCUGUUCAGUGUGAGAAUGACCUUCACACGGAUUUCUUGCAACAAUCCCUACCUCCUUAUAUGCAUCUUUACCCAAAAUUGUGGGUGGAAGAUUCCAAAUGGAAGAUGGACAAAUCUAGGCCAACACAAUACCAGUGUCCAACUGAUGGCAUCACAUCAGAGGACAAACAAAACACGGAAGACUGCCUUCAAAUCCACAGACUUCCUGGGAGACCUGAAAUAGACACAAAUCUACAAACUCCAGGACUCAAACAUCAUGGAGGGGAAAUUAAUUUGGACUCUGCAUCCAUGCUAGAAAUUCCUGAAAGCCUACCUCAGGAGGAUCAGAGCAGCAAAGCUCAAAGACCCUCCAAGAGCUCCCAAUCCAAAUUGCACAGAGGUUCAGUGAAUACCCCUAACAGCAAAGGGGAGAAGAGGCAGAAAGCCCCCAAAGCCAUCAACUCUACAGUGGACUCUGCCGAAAGGUGCUCACCAAACAUCUCAAAUCCUCCAAACCCACAUGCUGACCAGAUAUUGAAGCUGGAACAAGAAAUGAGGAAACUAAAGGGAGAGCUGCAAGCAAGCAGGCAGUGUGAGCAAGAACUGCGUAGUCACAUUUCUAAUCUUACCAACAGUGAACACAGUCUACGCCCUGAAGUCUCUUUGCUCAGACAUGCAAAUGAACUUCUGCAGAACAAGAUUCAGUGUCUGACAAAAUCCCGACAGAAGGACAAACAAAACUGUUCUGUGUUGGAGAAAAAAAUCAGAAUGGAAACAGAGACUCGAGUUGUAGUAGAAAAACAGCUUGUAGAAGUCAGAGCUCAAAAAUUUGAUGAAGCCUUUCUUUUACUUCGGAGCGCUUCACACAGGCAAGAACACAGUGAAAAUCAAAUGUUGAGGAAAAAAGCUAAAGAUCUAGACUCAGAAUACAAACAACUACAGCUGGAAUAUCAGGAGAAAGAAAAUCGAAUGGUAGCUCUAGAGAAUGAUGUGGAGAUCCUCCAGAGGAGAAGAUGCACUGAGCAGGAAGCAGACGCCUUGCUCUCAGCCCUCUCCUCCUUGCAGGAUAAGGCACAACAUCUAGAGUACAACCUGAGUGCAGAAACCCGUCUCAAACUAGACCUCUUCUCUGCACUCGGAGAUGCACGCAGGCAGCUGGAGAUAGCUCAAGUUAAAAUUGUGAAACAGGACCAGGAGGUUAACAGUAUGAAGCAGAAACUUGCUGAAGUGAUGGCUGUUGCUCCAGGCAUGUCAUAUUUGGCCCCAAGAUCAUCAAUGCCCCAGUACCUCAAGUUCUUCAACUCAGAGCGCUACAUGCUGAAUCCCAGAGCACUUAUGUACCAGUGUCUUAAGAAAUAGGUCUGGCCAGGACAAAUUGGGUGACUUUUUAAGGCUUUUUUGACUCCUCUUUGACAUUCCAAACAUGGGGGCAACUUAAUUGUUACAGGGUCUGCCUGAAAACUUUUGCCUUUUGUCAAUGUCAACACCUCCUGGUAAGUCUAUGGCUGUGUUUACCGAUUUCUGCAGAGACACUGAGGAGAGUUCUAGGCGACCUUGCUUUGAGCCAAUGGUUCAGGAUGAAAAUCAAAGCUGACUGUAAAUAUAUGUAGUUUCGAAUCCAGGAUGUGCUGAGUGACUCCAGCCAGGCUUCCUAAGCGACCAAUUGGCCCGGUUGCUAGGGUGGGUACGUGAGUCACGUGGGUUACUUUCCUCAUGGUUGCUAUAAGAUGGUUCUCGCUCUCAGUGGGGUGCGAGGUGAGUUGUACGUGGAUACCGUGGUGAAUAGCGUGAGCCUCCACACAUGCUAGGUCUCCACGGUAAUGCACUCAGCAAGCCACGUGAUAAAAUGCAUGGGCUGACUAUCUCAGAAGCGGAGGCAACUGAGAUUCGUCCUCCACCACCCAGAUUGAGACGAGUCACUUUGCCACCAUGAGGAAUCAGAGUGCAUAAGGGAAUUGUGCAUGAUAAAUUUGGGAGAAAAUGGGAAAAAAUUCCAAAAAAUAAAAUACAUGUAGUUGCCCGGCGGAAGACCAUCAAUAACCGAGCAAACUGCUGUAAGCUAUGUAAACAGCAAGAUAUCAGUAUGAAAAAGUGUGAACUUGAUGGUCAUCUUCAUGUGACCCAAGUAAUAACCUUCUGAGGGCCACAGUGUAUAAUGAGGACAGGAUUAUGUGUUGAGUGAAAAAGAGAGGCCAUGACAAUAACAAGCCAAUGCCUCACUCGGUCAUUCUGUGCCUCAUUUACAUGAAUUCAAUUUAUAUAACAAGCCAAUCUCAAAUGUAAGUCAGUAUGUGAAUAUUUAAGUGCUUUGUACUGUUUUGUAUUCUUUUUACAUUACACGUUAUAAAGGAAGUAACCAAUGCCUAAAACGUUUGUAGGUUUUCAUGUUUCUGAAAUUGUUGCCUUUUUAUGUAUCAAUGGGAUGUUUUUUUUAAGAGAUAUUUAUUUUUCUGGCUUGACUACAUACUUUUUUCCUAAACCAAAAUGAAAUAAUGGCUUAAUUUUGUAAUUCUACUUGGUGUGCAUGCCAAUUUAAUGUAAAAUUAUUGUUUUGUACCAAAAAAAAAAAAGAAAAGAAAAAAAAGAUUUUGAUGUCUAAUUCUGCAUUUGUGCAAGGGCUGUUUUCUUCCAAUAAUU